ACAGUACACCAUCCUACCACAUUAUGUCACGAAGAUACGAUUCGAGAACGACAAUCUUUUCUCCUGAAGGUCGUCUUUACCAGGUUGAGUAUGCCAUGGAGGCAAUUUCUCACGCCGGAAUUGCUCUUGGAAUUCUUGCCAAAGAUGGAAUUGUCAUUGCUGCAGAGAAAAAGGUCACCUCAAAGCUACUCGAACAGACUGCGUCGUCCGAGAAGAUUUACAAGUUGAACGACAAUAUGAUUUGUGGUGUUGCAGGAAUUACAGCCGACGCAAAUAUCCUCAUCAACUGGGCACGAGCAAGUGCACAGAGAUAUCUGUUUAGCUAUAACGAAGAGAUCCCUGUGGAGCAGUUGGUACAGAGCUUGUGUGAUCUGAAGCAGGGCUAUACACAGUAUGGUGGUCUGCGUCCUUUUGGCGUGUCUUUUAUCUUUGCUGGCUAUGAUGAGCAUUUUGGUUUCCAGUUGUAUCACUCUGAUCCCUCUGGUAACUAUGGCGGGUGGAAAGCAACAUGCAUUGGUGCCAACAACGCCACUGCUCAAAGUAUUCUGAAGCAGGAUCACAAGGAAGAGUUGACAUUGGAGGAAGCCAAGGCAUUGGCUAUCAAGGUUUUGAGCAAGACUAUGGAUAGUACAACACUGACAAGUGAGAAAUUGGAGUUCGCUACCAUUCGGUUGGUAAACGAUAAGGUUAAAUAUGAACUUUAUAAACCAGCCGAGAUCGACGCUUUGUUAAAGGAACAGAAUGUGGGAGCUAAUGCCUCUACUACUGAGGAAACCCAGUAGAAAGAAAUAAAGAAAAGCAGAAAAACCAUAUCCGAAAUAUAUGCAUAAGCAAAACGAAUAAAACCAAAUAUAUAACAUCCUUAUCUACCCUCACCU